GAGCGGCGAUGGCGCCGCCGCGCGCCCGCGGUCCCAACCUCAGAGCAUCCCCAUCGCCUCCUCCUCGCGCCGGCACCCUCUGGCUCCACGGGUACCCGGGAAUCAACUCGGAUUCCCUCCCUCUCGCUGAUGACGGCAGUGGCAGCGUGAUCCUUAGGCCAGUGGCACCGAUGGCGGGCCCCACACAGAGCAAGGUCGAGCGCACCCCGCUCGUAGUCGCUGACACCUCAUGCCUUGUGCCGUACUUUCCCCGCACCUCGCUGGAGCACCACAUGAUACGUGGGCGCAUGACAUCCUCAUCCGUUGCCGUCGCGAGCCACCAUCCCUACAAUAUCAACAUGCACACAUAUCAGGGACCCAACGUUGGUAUGGCGGCGCCAGCGACAUUGCCCGCACCUCACUGA